UAGGUAAGGAAAUCUAUUUCCUUAAAAAAAACAAAAAACUAGAAAUCGUCCCUUCAGUCGAGAAAGAAGAAGAAGAAGAGAUGGAUUCAAGGUCGAAAACACCGAUCUUAGAUGCACCAUUACAAGCCAUGGGCUUUGAGUUCGACGAGUUCUCAGCUAAAAGGAUCACAGGCCGACUCAAAGUUACUCCUAUUUGCUGUCAGCCGUUCAAAGUCCUACAUGGUGGGGUAUCUGCCCUAGUGGCCGAGUCUCUAGCCAGCUUAGGAGCUAUGGUGGCAUCAGGCUUCAAGAGGGUAGCUGGGGUACAGCUCAGCAUCAAUCAUCUCAGUCCGGCCAAACUUGGGGAUGAUGUCGUGGCAGAAGCACAGCCAAUCAAAGUGGGCAGAACAAUCCAGGUAUGGGAAGUAAAGCUGUGGAAGGUUGAUCCAUCAGCAGCAGAGAAUAGAGUGUUGAUAGCCUCAUCAAAGGUCACUCUUGUUUCUAACAUGCCUGUACCCAACCACUCAAAUGAUGCUAUGGAGAUUUACAAGAAGCGUGCAAAGCUAUGACUCAUAUGUAUGCAUUUUUUUUUUCCCGUAUACAUAGAUGGACAUGUCCAUGUAAAAUC